UCCCCGAGCUGGACGGGUUUCGAAAACCCGGGCGUUCUUGCUCCAUACGGUUACAAGGGGAGCCGCAAAUGAGCAUUUUCUAACGUGGGUUCCCUCCAUGUACUUUUCUAGUCUUCCCACCCUUCAUUCCCCUGCCUCACAGACUAGCCUCGGUUUAGUCACCUCUUGGCAUUCGUUAGGUAGUUGGUUUUGUAAGGAGGCGUGCAAGAUCAUGGUGGUGUCUCAGGAAAAAGCAGUUGCAUCCUAGUAAAGCUAGAUCCCUGCUGCGGUUUGUGUUUUCCUUUUUACUAAAGUAAUGAAGUUUGUAAUUUCACACUGGCACAUUUCACAGGGCUGUGCAGAUUCUUUGCACCAUUUCGUAGGUCAAUAAGUGCUUUUAGCUUUCUUUGUAUGUUGAGUUGCUUUUGAAUUGCUUCCCAUAUUUUUAUUUUAUACAAACUGAACAAUUGUGGCCCCUCUAUUUUAUUUAUAAAGGUUCAGUGUAUCUUUGCCUGCCUACAUCAAUCUGCAAGGGAGUUGCAGAAAAGCCUCAUGUUCAUCGAGCCGUGAGUCACAACCAAUUUCUAAGCUGUUAUAACAAAAAAGUGUUUGCUUUUUUUUUUCCACAAGUAACUUUAAAAGUGUAGUUUAGAAAGAAAACAUUUUCAGUAAAAAGACACUACAUUAAUCCUGGAUGCUUGCAAAUCCUGAAAUAUAUUCCUCCUUGACUAUUACACAGCACUGUGUCCUAUACACAGAUAGCCUUAAAAUUUGUCACAUACCACUUUGCCUUUACUUUUAUGUAUCAUUCCCCCUGACUUCCUUACUGCAGGUGUGGGCAAGAAAACUUUUCCUUUAAAACUUUUCAACAGCGGGCAUAAAAUUCUGCAGCUGAGUUCUUGAAGAUUGCAGAUGGGAGAUGAAACCAGACAGAGGGUCAAGUUCACAGAUGACCGUGUCUGCAAGAGCCACCUUCUGGACUGCUGCCCCCAUGACAUCCUUGCUGGGACGCGCAUGGAUUUAGGAGAAUGUACCAAAAUUCAUGACUUGGCCCUUCGAGCAGAUUAUGAAAUUGCAAGUAAAGAAAGAGACCUGUUUUUUGAAUUAGAUGCUAUGGAUCACUUAGAAUCCUUCAUUGCAGAGUGUGAUCGGAGAACUGAACUUGCUAAGAAGCGGCUGGCUGAAACACAGGAGGAAAUCAGUGCAGAAGUUUCUGCCAAGGCAGAAAAAGUACAUGAAUUAAAUGAAGAAAUAGGAAAACUUCUUGCUAAAGCUGAGCAGCUAGGAGCUGAAGGAAAUGUGGAUGAAUCCCAGAAGAUUCUUAUGGAAGUGGAGAAAGUUCGCGCAAAGAAAAAAGAAGCAGAGGAAGAAUAUAGAAAUUCCAUGCCUGCAUCCAGUUUUCAACAGCAAAAACUCCGUGUUUGUGAGGUUUGCUCAGCUUAUCUUGGUCUCCAUGACAAUGACCGUCGUCUUGCAGACCACUUCGGGGGCAAGUUACACUUGGGGUUCAUUCAGAUCCGAGAGAAGCUUGAUCAAUUGAGGAAAACUGUGGCUGAAAAACAGGAAAAAAGAAAUCAGGAUCGAUUGAGGAGAAGAGAGGAGAGAGAGCGAGAAGAGCGUCUGGGCAGGAGGUCUGGAUCCAGAACUCGAGAUCGCAGGAGGUCACGCUCCCGGGAUCGUCGAAGGAGGAGGUCUAGGUCUACUUCCCGAGAGCGGCGGAAGUUUUCCCGUUCCAGGUCCCGAGAUAGAUACCGGCGCCACCGCAGCCGUUCCCGGAGCCAUAGCCGGGGUCACCGCCGGGCUUCCAGGGACCGGAGUACAAAAUACAAGUUCUCCAGGGAGCGCUCAUUGAGAGAGGAAUCCUGGGAGUACGGGCGGAAUGAACGAGGGCCCACUGACUGGAGGCUGGAGAACUCCAAUGGCAAGACUGCAUCGCGGAGUUUGCUCAUUUGGAUAUUUCACAAACAUGGACUCAUGCACUGGAUGGCCUUUGGUGUGUUGGCUUCUUCCACUCAAGGUUUCUGCAAAACUCGGCUGCGUGAUGUAAUCCCAUUACUUUUAUGGGUUAAAAAAUAAUCCAUUCUGAUUGUAAACUACAUGUUACUCACUUGUAAUGGUUAACCUGGUGAACUCGAUGGGCUUAGAAUCACCAUGAAAACACACCCCUGUGUGUGUUAAUGCAGGUGUUUCCAGGGGUUUCAGUGAGAGACCCACCCAGAAUGUGGGCUGCACCAUCCUAUAUGCUGGGGCUCCUAGACUGAAUAAAAAGGAGGGCAAGAGCUGAGCAUCAGCCAUCGUCUCUGCUUCCUGACUGCAGAUGCAAUGUGACCAGCUGCCUUAAGUUCCUGCAACCGUGACUUCCCACCACAAGGACUGUACCCUUAUACUGUGAGCCAAAUAAACCUUCCCUCAGUU